UUGGAGUUGAUCCAGAUCCGAAUCGCGGCAAAUCAACGACAAGACAACUACUCCAUCAAACUGAACAACGAACCCGGGUGACUUGCACUGUAUAGCAGCAGCAGCAGAUCUGCAAAUCUUCAUUUCCCUCCGAACAUCCAAAUCCCUAACCGGAGGGUCCGAUCCGAAAAUUCCAAUCAAUUCGGAGCUCCACCACACGAUGGAGUCCGAAAAUGCCGCAGAGGACUCGUCGGCGGUGGCCAGCCUCCUCCCUCUGGCCUCCGUCUCCCAGCAACCCUACGUCUCCGAGCUCCUCUCCUUCACCCUCGAUCGCCUCCACAAGGAACCGGAGCUUCUUCGGGUCGAUGCGGAGCGAAUACAGAGGCAAAUGCAGGAGGUGGCGGUGGGUAAUUACAGAGCGUUCAUUGCCGCUGCGGAUGCAUUGCUUGCAAUUCGAGACGAAGUGUCUUCCAUUGACAACCAUCUUGAGUCUCUGAUAGGGGAGAUCCCAAAGUUGACAAGUGGGUGCACUGAGUUUGUUGAAUCCGCAGAACAAAUUUUGGAAAAAAGGAAGUUGAACCAAACGUUGCUAGCCAAUCACAGUACUUUGCUCGACUUACUUGAAAUUCCUCAGCUUAUGGAUACGUGUGUGAGGAAUGGAAAUUAUGAUGAAGCUCUAGACUUAGAAGCAUUUGUUUGCAAGCUUUCAACCGUGCACCCCAAAUUACCUGUUAUUCAAGCUCUGGCUGCAGAAGUCAGGCAGACCACUCAAUCUCUACUUUCCCAGCUUCUUCAGAAACUUCGUUCAAAUAUUCAGUUACCUGAAUGUCUCCGCAUCAUUGGAUACCUACGUAGAAUAGGAGUCUUUAGCGAGUAUGAAAUGCGUUUGCAGUUUUUGAGAUGUCGGGAGGCAUGGCUUACUGGAAUUCUGGAGGAUUUGGACCAGAGAAAUGCUUACGAGUAUCUGAAGGGGAUGAUAAAUUGUCAUAGAAUGCAUCUUUUUGAUGUUGUUAAUCAGUAUAGAGCAAUAUUUGCUGAUGAUACAUCAGGCAGUGAAGAAAAUUAUGAUGGUGGUCUUCUUUUUAGUUGGGCUAUGCAUAUAAUUACAUCACACCUUAAGACUCUUAAAAUUCUGCUUCCGAAGAUAACUGAAGGCGGAUCUCUAUCAAAUAUUUUGGAUCAAUGCAUGUAUUGUGCUAUGGGGCUUGGUUGGGUUGGGCUAGAUUUCCGGGGCUUGCUACCAUCACUUUUUGAAGAGGCAGUUCUCAACUUGUUCUCAAAAAAUAUGAGUACAGCAGUAGAGAAUUUUCAGGUGGUCUUGGAUUCACAUCGUUGGGUCCCACUACCAUCCGUUGGCUUUUCAUCAAAUAGUGUUGGUGAUGAAAGUCAGGAUGAUGUAACUCCACCAUCUUCUCUUAUGGAACAUCCACCUCUUGCUGUUUUUGUGAAUGGUGUGUCUGCAGCGAUGAAUGACCUCCGGCCCUGUGCUCCAAUAAGUUUGAAGCAUGUCCUUGCUCAAGAGUUAAUCAAGGGAUUGCAGACUGUUUCUGACUCUUUACUGAGGUACAAUACAACUCGGAUGCUGAGAGAAAAUGAGUCUGGACUUUUCCUCUCGCUUUGUCGGGCAUUUAUUGAGGUUACUUACCCACAUUGUGCAACAUGCUUUGGUCGCUGUUAUCCUGGCGGGGCUGCUUUAAUCAUGGAUGCAAAGAAUUUGUAUGAUGGGAUUGGCCGCCUAUUGACAGUCACUCCAUCAAGAGGACCCUCGAAACCUGUCGGUGAUGGCAAUGGAGAUGCAGAUGGAGAUGGAAAUGAAAAGAGCGUAACUGAGAAUGGUGACCUGCCUGUGGUGGAAAAUGGUGUCACACCUGUUGUCGAAAAAACUGAUAUUACCAUUGCUGAUGAAAGAGAAAAAACUGAAAAUACAGAUGCUGAUGAAAGAGAACAGAAAAGCCCGACUUCGCAAACAGAGGAAAGGCGCAGUAAUGUUUGAAGCAUCUUUAUAAGGAAAUAGAAAUCUUUGUAGCCUCCAUGUUUUGAUUCUGUAGGUCAUCAUUUUUUAUUUGUAUCUUCACCAUUUUUGAUUUUCAAUACUGGUUCUAAUCUUGUGCUUGUAAUUAUUUGGCUCAAAGAUGAUGUCCGAAUUUCAGAUGUUAUAUGAUAGAGAAAAGAAACAAUUUGAUUGUAGAAAAACAGCAGCAAUUAAUAAUACUUUCAUACUGAUUUUGUGUACCA